CCCGGCCGCUGACAGCCAAACUCGGCAACUCCGCCCUCGUCCCCGCGGGAUCCCGGAGCCCUCGCCAGCCUGGGGCCGAGGCCGCCGGAUCAGCGAGCGAAUAUGGCAGAGUGAAGAGCCUGGCGCCGGCUCGUGGUCGCCGCUGCGCGCGCUCCUGGCCGCGUGCUCGGUCGGCCUCCUGGUGGCUGCUGGUUGAUUUCAUUCGGAACCCAGGGCGGGGGAGACAGCGAGUCCGUGGCCGGAGGGUGUAGAACCGCGCGUGCGACUGGCCGGCUGCUGGAAGGACGCGGGAGAGCGGCGGUGCGCGGCUGCGGCGACGCGCCCGUGGGGAUGAGCGGGCCAUGGAGCGGCCUCGGCGGGGCGCACGGAGCCGGCCGGCGCCGCAGCGGGGGCGCUGCCUGAGCCCGGGAUCCGAGGGACUUCGGGGUCUCGGGCGCCCUAGGGGAGUCCCCGCCACUGCCUCCAGGAAGGACAGGAGCCCCGCGUGGCGGACACUGCCGCAGUCACCGCGCUGAGGCGCCCCGAGCCUGCUCCGCCUGCAGCUCGGUGCGCUCUCGGCCCCCGGGCGUCUUGCCCGGUGCUCGGCGCGGUCGGCUGCAGGAGGCGGGUGCGGAGCCGACUGGAGAGGUGUGCGCGCGCCUGUGCGCCUCGAGACGCGGGCAGAAGCAGGACCCGGCGGACCGGAGCAGCCAUGCUUCCCGGGGUGGGCGUGUUCGGCACCAGCCUCACGGCCCGUGUCAUCAUCCCUCUGCUGAAAGACGAGGGCUUCGCGGUGAAGGCGCUGUGGGGCCGCACGCAGGAAGAAGCGGAGGAGCUGGCCAAGGAGAUGAGCGUCCCCUUCUACACUAGCCGCAUCGACGAGGUGCUGCUGCAUCAGGACGUGGACUUGGUGUGCAUCAACCUGCCGCCGCCCCUCACCAGGCAGAUCGCUGUCAAAACCCUGGGCAUUGGCAAGAACGUCAUCUGCGACCGCACGGCCACGCCGCUGGACGCCUUCCGCAUGAUGUCGGCGGCCCACUACUACCCCAAGCUCAUGAGCAUCAUGGGCAACGUGCUGCGCUUCCUGCCAGCCUUCGUGCGCAUGAAGCAGCUGAUCCAGGAGGGCUACGUGGGGGAGCUGCUGGUGUGCGAGGUGCAGGUGCACGGCGGCAGCCUGCUGGGCAAGAAGUACAACUGGAGCUGUGACGACCUGAUGGGCGGCGGCGGGCUGCACUCGGUGGGCACCUACAUCAUCGACCUGCUCACCUUCCUCACCGGCCAGAAGGCCGUCAAGGUGCAUGGGCUGCUCAAGACCUUUGUCAAGCAGACGGACCACAUCAAGGGCAUCCGCCAGAUCACCAGCGACGACUUCUGCACCUUCCAGAUGGUGCUGGAGGGCGGCGUAUGCUGCACUGUGACCCUCAACUUCAACGUGCCCGGCGAAUUCAAGCAGGAUGUGACCGUGGUGGGCUCGGCCGGGCGCCUACUGGCCGUGGGCACCGACCUGUACGGGCAGCGCAACAGCGAGGCGGAGCAGGAGCUGCUGCUGCAGGAUGCUACGCCCGUGAGCAACUCGCUGCUGCCCGCCAAGGCCUUCAGCGACAUCCCCGCGCCCUACCUGCGUGGCACCAUGAAGAUGAUGCAGGCCGUGCGCCAGGCCUUCCAGGACCAGGAUGACCGGCGCACCUGGGACGGCCAGCCGCUCACCAUGGCCGCCACCUUCGACGACUGCCUGUACGCGCUCUGCGUGGUGGACACCAUCAAGAGGUCCAGCCAGACGGGCGAGUGGCAGAACAUCGCCAUCAUGACCGAGGAGCCCGAGCUGAGCCCCGCCUACCUGAUCAGCGAGGCCAUGCGCCGCAGCAGGAUGUCCCUCUAUUGUUAACGUGGACCUGGUGGGAAUGCACAGUGGGGGAGAAUAAAUGUUAUCUAAGAAGGGGGCUGCUGGCCCGGUCAGGGACCCCAGACAGUGUUGUGGACCGAGCACUACCCGGGGAGUAUUCAGGAAGGCCUACCAUCCCUGCCUGCCCCUGCUGGGUGUUUCUAUCCACGGGAGGAGGUCGAGCAGCCCUGGCUGCCCUGCAAUGUGAGAAGCCAGGAGGGGUUGCUUCCCUCCCUACCUCAUCCACCCGGGCACCUUGGCCUCUGGGAAGGCCAUGGGUGUGCCAGAUGGUGAGCUCAUGUCACUAACAUGCCUCACAAAGUCUCUAGCAUGCCUGUUGGCCUAGGGAGGAAGUUCAAUUCCAGGAAGCUGCUUUUGAUUCUUCUUAAGGUGUCUGAAGGAAAAGUAGGUGGUAGGAAGGUGCAGUUUCCUUAAUUAGGAAGCGGGACAGUGGCUCUCCAGCCCUUCCGCUGCUGCAGUAAGGGAGCCUCAAGCAUAGGUAGCAUAGCACAGGUUCUCCCAGGCUGAAAGGUGAGACCACUAUAGCGACGCAGGGGAGGCGGGGAAGGAACUGUUCCUCUGAGCUUGUCCCCAGUGGGACAACCACAAAGAGCUUCCAGGAAGGGUGGGAGAGAGGAAGCAGCGUUCGUGGUCACCUGGCUCUCCAGGCAGCACCAAGAACACCAUGCUGCAAGGGGUCUGACUAUGAGAGUUCCUCUGCUGCCCUCCAGGACCGGGGACAGCCUUGGGCUGUGUGAGUUUUCAAACCGAAGGGAAAAGACCAAGCCCUGGAGCUGCAGCGGGCUUUACCACUGAUCUCUAGUUAGCAGUUGUACCCAGCUUUGUGGAUAUAAAAGAGAAGCCUUCACUUCCACUCAGAUAGAAUUCCCUUCCCUUAAUGAGAAGAGGUGAGGUUGUUUUCCUUUGCUUUAGCCCUGGCUCUCAAGAUGUGGAUACCUGAAAACUUCAGAGUAGACAUUAAGCAAAAGGACAGCAAGGACAUAGUGUUCAGGAUUUCUAAAUUGGAGGUGUAGGAAUCUCGGAGGGGGAAGAAGUGUAAUGUUGGGAAAAUUUCUUCUGCCUGCUCUCCUGUUGCUUUCUUUUUCCCCGCUAUUUUCAGAGGUUUCAUGAGUGACAGGAAGCACGAGCCAAAAGGAACACCCAGUCGUGUGUAGCCACACGUGCAUGCGUGAUUGUUAAGCUUCCUAUCAUUAAGGCGCACAGAUAUCAUCUUUUAAAAUUCAGAUUUGGUCUUGAAAGAAAGACUAUGUCAAGCACAUUUUGAAACCGGGGCAUUAUUGUUUCUAACUUUUCACUCCCUGUGAAAUAUUUGCCAAAGCCGGAUGUGGAUGCUAUUCCUUGAAAGGCUACACAACUUUUGUUCACGGGCUCACUGAAGUCACACAGCAGUCUUUGGCGUGCAGUGGAGUGUGGACUUCUUUGCAGAUAACCAGCAGUAGAAUUAGAAGGGGAUUUACAUGAUCUGGUGUCCACUCCCCGCCUAGACUUUAUCCAAACAUGCAACACCUAAAAACGAACACAUCCUCUGUCCUCCUCCCUGGGGUCAGUACAUGUCAAAGCCCCUGGCUACCCACAGGCACACUGUGGGUGUGUCUAGACACCAAAGGGAGGUCACUUAUUUUCUGAGAUGAAGGCGUAAGGAUUGCUCGCUCUGCUUCCCAUGGCCUUACUGCCACACAGCAGAGUGAGUCAGCGGAGACUCGCCGUGCCUCAUCGUGGUCCUGAGUGAGUUGACAGGUUAUGGUCACUUCAUGGUCAGCAUUUCCAGUUUUGCAGUGGUCAGCUGACUGGGUGAAGGGAAAGUAGAUGACUCCAUAGGCCUCAUUUCUCUAAGUCAUAGGUAUUCCUGUGGGUUCGAUUUUAUGUUUGUGUACUUACCUGAUACACGAGAGAUCCCAAAGGCCUCAGGGCUCUGUGAUACAUAUUCAGUGUCUAAAACAAAAAUUCUCAUUUGAGGCUGGGAGAUAUAAAAAGAAUAGACUUUAAAAGAAGCAUGAAAAAAUUUUAGUAAGUGUACUCAAAUUUUAGCUACUGAAAUGCAUGUAGUAGGUAGAUGUAGGAACAAGGAAGAAUUAAGAUCUAGGUCGUUCUUUUUUUUUUUUAACAGAAGAAUGACAGCAGUGGGGAAGAGAUUUCUUUAAUGUUCCUUCUGCUCCUGUCCUAACCACGUGCAAAGCGCUGACCAGGAUCAGCAAUCUGAAGCUGAAGCUCUAAGCAUUCAUCAAUGUUCUGUGGGACUGUCUCAAACCCAGUACGCUUGGGGGGUUGGGUAUCACCCCUAACUUUGGCCUCAGACUAAGUCCCAGCAAUAAUCCAGCCUCUGUGGCUUUCAUUGAUUCAAAGCCUGAUGGAGGCAGCAUGGAUAGUGUCCCCCUUGCCUAGCUUGUUCCUGUUAUUAUGUAGAAGCUGCUCUUUGCUGUUGGUCAGGGUUUUUGCCUGGUAUCCACAAGUGUUUGAGAAGUCUCAGACUUAUCUGGAAAGUUUGGAGUCAGUGACUACUGUCAGUUUCUCUAAGACUGCUCCCUUCCCUGAGAAAAUGGCGCUGUGGGAAGCCUCCCAUGUACCUUAGCACACCAAGUCCCAACUCUGUUGGGUUAGCUGGACUCCGCAGGUGCAAGCCCAGCUGAGACUGGCCAACUCCAACACCUCCCCUGCUGUGUGCAUGGUAUGCAAGCACACGAGCUCAUGCGAUCCCUAAGCUGACCCUAGAGUGCUGGGGACAACCGUUCUCUUCACACAGGAGAAAGUGACCUGGCCAGCGUCACACAACUAGCAAGCAGAAGUAGGCUCACUUAAUCCAAAACCUUUCUUCUUUCAACCCAAUUUGGGCUUUGGCUCUUCUUCCCGGGUGGGAAAAGCGCCCCCUGUCCAGCCCUGGGGUGUCUGGGUCAGCGCCGUGAUAAGAGCAGAUGGAGAUCUCCACACCCGCCUACGGAGCAGGGCACUACCUCUGAGCUUCUGCAAGAAGUGAGUUCCUAAAGCCCCAGACAGAAGUAGUUGAUUCUUUUUUUCUCUCCUUCCAGAAUGAAAAUAUCACUCAGCUUCCUUUAAAAUGGAUUUUCCUCAUCAUUUUUUGAUUAUAGGUGACCAAGUACACCUCAGAGUUGGGGAUUUUCAGAACUUGAUGUCUGUGCUAGAUGGCCGUGGACUUGGAGGGGCCUGAGUGUAACAUAGGGAAACUUUUCACAGGCAGCGGGGCUUUUAAGGUUCAUUUGCUGUGACUUGGACUUCAGCUGUGCAUUUGAGCCCUUUCAGUCCUCACUCUCGUCAUCUUGUGCGGCAGCUGCGACUGUUGCCUUUGACCUGUGUUUACAAGUUAGCUGGUGAGCACAGGAAAAAAUCAGCUGCUAGUGAUAUCCUAGGGCAAAGAAAAUUGCAGUUGUAUGUGAAGGGAUUUCAGAGUCUAAUAUGGUAGUCCUUGCACUUUAUAUCCCAGGAAGAGUAAGUGAUGGCUGAGGUCACCUCACUUCUUCAGUGAUAGGAAACCUGGCUCUAUGGCCCACCCUGCUGCACAGUUAUGAGCUUUCAGGUGGGGACAGGAAGCUCAGAGAGGGAAGUGACCAGUUGUGAGGUCCCGGGACUGGUCAGUGGAAAAGUUAGAAUUAGGCGUCAGACCUGCAUUGGACUGCAUUCCCCGAGCUGUGGCAGAAGCUCACUUGUGUUUUGAAUGUACUUCCCAGCUGUUUAAAGUUUUCCAUUGUGACUGUAAUGUGAACCAUUGUCUGUAACUUGUAUUUAUUUGGCAAGGGUGGGGCAUACAUUUGGAUGUUCACCUUUGGGUUGUAUGUAUAUUGCCCCUCUUCCCUGUUGCUGGAUAUAAGUGUAGACUGUGACCAGGAACCCACUGCUGGUCACACUCCACCCACUGACCAUCAAAGUCCUGGAGUUCACAGGAACAAAGUCAUGACACUGGGGAACUUGGUGGAAAACAGAAUCAGCUACAGAACCCUAUAUUUCAGUUCCAUUUUGGGGAGAGGGAAGAGGGCUAGGAAGGAAAAGUUGAGCGUGUCUGAAGGGUGGUUUCAGAGGCUUUGUAGGCUUUGGGCACUCCUGGCCUGUCCCAACCUGGACAUACAAGCAGAAGAUUGUCCAGGUUGCCCCAGAAUGCUCUUCUGUGCUUCUUUACAAGUGAUGGGUUUAGUGGUCCCAUUGGAAGCCAGUGCUGUAUCCAAGUGACCACAGUUAGGAAGGGAAGGUAGCAGCCUAUUGGCCCUUUUCUCCUCUACAUUGUGGUCCCUAUUGGCUGGAGCCCUUGAGAGGGCCACCAAUGUGGCUGGCUGUCUCUUUACGGCUCCGGAAGUGUUGCACUUCCAAAUCUGUGCCGUCCUUUGGGUUCACACCAGCAGUGGAUAGAGUGAUACAAAGAACCUACUGAAUGCAAUGGCUUGAUGCUUCACGUGGCAGUCAGAGCCCAGCUGGGCAUGGAGUACACAUUAGCCAGGGAGCCGCCAUGUCCUUACCUCUCCUCUUCCUCGAUGCUCCGUGCCGUCCUCUGCAGCCACACAAGGGCUAAGUUACUAAAAGGGUCCCUUGGUUCCUCCUCGUAAACACAGUGACUUACUCGUUUUGCCAAGUGAAAUACCAAGUGAAGAAACAAAAGCUGUGACCUGACCCGCUCCUUCGUGCUGCCCUGUGCCUUGUCCAUGGGAGGGAAAAGUAUCUUGCAAUUACGGCUUUCUGUUUGCUGCCUAGUGCUUUUCAUUUGUUUUGUGUGUAUGUGGUUUUUUUUUUUUUUAAACCAAAAUUGCAUCAGUUUUGUUGUCUUUGUCCAGCAUAUAUUUAUUGUGUUCUACAAACAUGAGUAUAUAUGUAUGUAAAUGUAUAAAAAAUAUAUAAAAGUCAAGGCAUGUAUACUAGAUAUUUUAAAGAGUUAAUUUAUCAAGGGAAAAAGAUGUGUGUUAUAAAGUAAACAGAGUCUAUAUUUUAUAUAUAAUGUAGAUAGCAAAAAAUAGCUUAUAAAUUAUAGAAGGUUUUGGUUUUCCUUUUUUAUUAUUAAAGCAAAAAACAACAACAACAAAGGACAAUGCUGUUUGUGUUUUAAAGGCCAAACUACCAUGGGAAGUGGCCUUCCCGUGUGUCCUCCAGUGAGUGGUUUGGGGUCUGCUGCCCCGGGCUCCUGGCAGAUGCCCUUGUUACCUGUGUGAGGCUUGGGCUUGGGAUCCCCUCAUAGCCAGCUGGCCUGGGCCACACCAAACAUGGCCUCCAACUGGUUUCCAUAGUUUGCAGUGGUGGGAUAAAAGGGUGCAAGUGGCAAAUAAAGAUUUCAAAGAAAAUACAAA